GUCCUACAGGGGAGGCAGGGCUGGACACUCCCAUACCCAGAGGCGCAACUGUUCAAACUGUAGGCGAGAAGACUGAAGAAUACAGAGAACAUUUGGCCAUCUAUUUAUGAGGAAGGUGACUCUUGGAUGAGAGGAAAAGACAUUCGGGGCCAUAAAGAACAGUGACUGUCUGUCCACAGUGUUUUUGGACUCGACCGCUCCGCACAGACAGCUUUUGUGACCACUAAAACGGGGGAGACUUGAAGAGAACUGCUCUAACCAAGAGGGGCCUGAGAGUGGAGGGAGAAUGGAGGGGGGAGAGCGCCAAGGUGCAAAGACAGAGAGCACAAAGUUAUCAUUGUUGGGCUGGAUAAUGCAGGGAAAACUACCAUUCUCUACCAGUUUUCCAUGAAUGAAGUUGUACAUACAUCCCCUACAAUAGGAAGUAAUGUGGAGGAGAUUGUGGUUAAUAAUACACGUUUCCUGAUGUGGGAUAUUGGAGGUCAAGAAUCCCUUCGAUCUUCCUGGAACACUUACUAUACUAACACUGAGUUUGUAAUAGUUGUUGUGGACAGCACAGACAGAGAAAGAAUUUCAGUAACUAGAGAAGAACUCUACAGAAUGCUGGCGCACGAGGACCUAAGAAAAGCUGGAUUGCUGAUUUUUGCUAAUAAACAAGAUGUUAAAGAAUGCAUGACAGUAGCAGAGAUCUCCCAGUUUUUGAAGCUAACGUCUAUAAAAGACCACCAGUGGCAUAUCCAAGCAUGCUGCGCUCUUACUGGCGAGGGGUUAUGCCAAGGACUGGAGUGGAUGAUGUCACGGCUGAAGAUCAGAUGAUCUCUACUGACCUCUUCUCACAGACUCUGUAUCAACAAAGUGCUGGACUUUACCUGAAAGCUGCAAAAAAAGGUUGAGAUAUAUUUAUAAUAACUGACUUAAGAGUUUUUCUAUAAGAAAAAUGAAGACCACUUAUUUGAAAACAAAGAUGAAUCGUCACCACCCAGUUUGCUCUCAUUCCUUCCAAAGUGCAUCGAAGCUGUGACUGACAUUUCUCACGAUGAAUCCUCUCAGGAUGUGGUAUAGCUGUGGCGAGUAUGAAGGGAGAGGAAGACAUUUGAACUGUAGAGCUUUAUUGUCCGAGUGCUUUGCCCUCCCCACCCC